AUGCGCGCGCUCGCGCCGCGCGCGCGCGCGCACCGUCCGUCGACGCGUCGCGCGGGCGCGCGGCGCGAGCGCGCGGCGUCGCGCGUCGCGCGCGCGCGCGGCGCCGCGACGCCGAACGCGGUCGCGGUCGCGCGCGUGGCGCUGUUUGGGUACGGCGCGGCGGAGAUCCCGCGCGUGCGCGAACUCGUCGACGCGCUGCGCGCCGCGGUGGAGGACUCCGGCGUCGAGCUCGGUGAGAUCGAGACGCGCGGCGUGCGCGCGAGCGAGAUGACGUCGAGCGUGCGCGGGACGUACGGGGAAGAGGACGAAGACGGGGUCGGCGAACGCGUCGUCAUGCUGGACGGCGACGCGGCGAAGGCGCUGAUGCCGGAUUUGAAGCUGGAGAUGAACGAAGAGGGGUUCGAGGGGGCGGUGUUCGGGGUGUUCACGGAGAAGUUGAGACUCGGGACGCUGGGAGAGGCGGCGAAGAGCGUGGUUGAGGCGCAUGAGAGGUAUUGGAAUUUGAAGCCGACGACGGAGGCGGAUUCGUACGACGUGAACGAGCACGUCGAUUUUGAGUACGAGGGCGCGAAGGAUGCGUGGGAUUUAGGGCGAGUGACGACAGCUAUGGCGGUUUCGAUGGAUCGAGCCGAGGUUUUGGAUACGGCGAGCAUGGCUCGGGGGGAAGAGCGCUUACGGAGCGAUUCGUCGCACGUCGUCGCCAUCGACGGCGUCGUCGGCGAGCCGUUGCGCGCGGCGCUUCUCGACGCGCUUACCGAGGUUGGAUACGACCACUUCACCGAAACAGGACCGCCGCCGGGAAAGUGGAACCGGGAGACGCGCGAUGGGUUGGAAGGUGAAGACGGCGAAUCGCCGCCGCCGAGCUGGGGACUGACGCCGGAGACGUUGGAAGAAGUCAUGAAGACCGACGCUGUGCGCGCGUUUCGCGCUCGCUUGGCGGCGUUAUACCCAGAGUACGACAUACGCACCAUGCCGAGCGAUGCACUCGAGCCGGACGCCGUCCCCGGUGCGUGGGGGGGCUCGAGCAUUUGCUCAGCCAUCGGUAACGCCGCGGUGUACGGCGACAUGUUCAACUGGCAUAUAGACAUGGACCCGAGCCAGCUCGAUCCGUCCGCGCCUUGGGUCGAGCGCUACGGUUCGUACGUCAAUCGCGAGCGAGGCCGACCGCUAUUCGUAUCCGCCAUGGUCUAUCUCAACCCAGGUCACUGGCCCGCCGCUUUCGACGCCGAGACGCUCUUCCUCGACCCCGGCACCGGCACCGGCGUCUUCGUCCGCCCGCAGCCGGGUCGCGUCGUUCUCAUGGAUCAGGACAUCCUCCAUCGCGUCUCCACGCCGAGCCAAAUCGCCGGAGUCCCGCGAUACUCCUUCGUCCUCAAGCUGUGCUUCUUUCCCAAGCGCACGGACGAGCCACAAAAAAUGACGCUCAUCCGCGAGGAGUGGGGCGCUCCUUGCCGCUUCGGCACCGCCGCCGGGCACGUCGGCGGCGAAGAGAUUUUCUUCGCAGACGACGAGUGCGACCCCGCGCUCGACGACUGCGAGCUUUGGGAUCUCGGCAUCAACCCCCAGGAUUUCUUCUUCUCCCAGGACGACGACGACGACGACGACGACGACGACGACGACGCUCGUCCCGAGUGA